AUGGAUUACAGUCCCUUGGGAAAUUUAGAAAUUGGACAGCGUGGCUGCAAGAUAAAGGGUCGGGUUGCAAGGUUAUGGGAUUCAACAAACCCUUCACUGAAAGAUCACCUAAUGAGCGUCGACUUUUUGUUAGUUGAUGAACAGGGGAUAAGUAUACAGGCAUCAAUAAGAAAAGAAGACGCAGCUCAAAUGAAGGAACUUAUCUUUGAAGGAAAAGUUUAUACAAUUGCUAAUUUCAUUGUUGCGGCUGCAAGAAGAACUUACAGAGUCAGUCCACAUCAAAAUAUGCUUCGCAUAGGGACUUGGACAAUUAUAAAACAAGUGGAAGAACCUGAGCUCAAAAUUCCUUUAAACUCCUUUAGUUUCGUUGAUGACGAAACCUUGGAAUCGAGGUUAUAUGAUGAUGCUCAGCUAACAGAUACAAUGGGACAUCUUAUUUCGGUUGCAAGGCUCACACAAACUUAUGCAAACGGAAGAAUGGUUGGUAAAAAGAAUAUGGUCAUACAAACAUUGAGGAAGAAGAAUAUAACUGUCACAUUGUGGGGUUCUGUUGCGAAUGCAUUUAGUGAAGAAGAAGCUCUAAAAAUUCCAAAAAAAGAUCCUCUCAUAGUUGUUCUGACUGCAAUGAUUGUCAAAUCAUUUAAAGCUGAAACGACACUGUCAAGCACCUUUGGAACCAAAAUAUAUAUAAAUCUCGAUAUUCAAGAAGUGCAUCAAUUCCGUAAAAGCCUGUCAUAUCCAAACGAGGUCACGUUCUUGGAUGAAUCGGAGCAAUCUCAAGGAAUAAUUUCUAAUGUUCAACAUGAGGAUGAAAGGACAAUCUCUCAACUACUGUCUCUUGAUCGAGUUUCAUAUUUGGAAAAAAAAUUCCGCACUGUCGGUACUAUUACUGAUAUCAAUGCUUCAAAGGGAUGGUGGUACAGCGCAUGUGCAAGAUGUAGAACUGGAGUCAACAACUAUCAAGGAAUAAUUUCCUAUGAUACCGCCUCAGCAACAUUCCUGGUGUUUGGGAAACAAGUUGAAAAAUUGAUCAAUGUUUCAGCAGCAAUACUGUCUGAAUUACCUGAGUCUAACAGAACAAUUGUCCCAGAAAUUAUGGCACAGAUUCUGGGUACAAAAUGUGGCUUCACAGUCUCCAUCAAUGACAGGGAUAAUCAUCCCAAAAUACUAUCAUUUAAUGUGUCUCAGAUAUUCGAGCAUCACAAAGAAGGUCAUUUAGAUACUCAUAACAAGAUAUCAGAAUGUGGACCAUCAGCUCAGAAGGUGCAAAAAAAUGAUGUCUCCGUCAAUAUAAACAACAAAAGAAUCAGAGGUAGCAAUGUUUAUUUCGUUUGUUGUUUGUCUUCCUUUGCUUCAAUUGGUCAGUAUGUUUCAUCUUCAUUUCGUGGUCGUCUGCCCCUCAUGAUGGUGCCUUGCUUAUUAACCAUGUUUGAGCUACUCUUUGUAAUGGAAUCAAAAGAUAAAGGCAAAAUGCAGCUGAAGAAGAAUGCUGUGGGUGAAGAACAGGUUUGA